UAUCCCCGUCAAAAUUUCAAACCAUAUCCGGGCGUUAGGUCAACUUGCAUGCCGGGAAAGAAAGUAUUUAAUCGCUGCUCCCCACAUGUGAGUAGUCGUGUUCGCUGUACAGCAACGUUAGCAGAAAGAAAAUAAUACGCAGAAAACAUGGCAAAGUCAGGCAAAACAACCCAAUUAAAGACCUCUAAAAAGAGAACCGGAAAGAUCAGCGAAGACAAUAACUCUGAGGUUCAGACUGAUUCUCCAGCAUCAUCAGAGGAAGCUGCCACUACUCCACAGGUCAUCGUUUCCACAGAACCUGAAGAGAACAAGGUCAAAGAUGCCCCAGCUUCAGAAGCGGAACAGAUGGACACAACUGCUGAUGCGGAGAAGGUUAAAGUCCAGGCUGUUGCUGCAGCCCCAGUAAAGAGAAAAGCAGAAGCAGAGGAUGAGACUUCUCCAGCGAAGAAAACCAAGUGCAUUAAUGAUGGUUUUUGUCUUUUUGUUGGAAGCUUGAACACAUCCAAGACAGUGGAGGAAAUUAAUGAUGCCUUGGCAAACUUCUUCACAUCGCAUCGUCUGUUGUUUCAGGAUAUUCGAGUGGACAUUACAAAGAAAUUUGCAUAUGUCGACUUUGACACAGAGGAAAACUUGACAAAAGCCCUUGAGCUGAAUGGGGAGAAGAUCCUGGACCGAAAGAUGAGGCUAGGCAAGGCCAAGGUCAAAGACCCCACAGUAGAUGACAAAAAAGCUAAAGAUGCCAGGACCCUGUUUGUCAAGAAUAUUCCAUUUGCAGCAACAAAGGAGGACUUGAGGAAAGUCUUUGACACGGCUGUGGAAAUCAGGUUUCCUGGAGGCAUUGGCACCCCAAGCAAAGGAAUUGCCUACAUAGAGUUCGAAACGGAGGCCAAUGCUGAGAAAGUGCUGGAGGAGAAGCAGGGGAUUGAUGUCCAAGGCCGUGUAAUCGUUAUUGACUUUUUGGGAGAAAAGAGCCUACAACAAAAAAUAAUCAAAGCUCCAGCUGAGGCCACACCAAAUAACGAAUUACUGGUGACCAACCUGGCUUACGCUGCAAAAGAGGAUGCCCUGAAGGAAAUCUUUCUCAAAGCAGUCAGUGUCAAGAUACCACAGAGCAAUGGUAAACCGAGAGGUCAUGCACUCAUUCAGUUUGAAAGUGUGGAAGAUGCCAAAGAAGCCCUGGAAUCAUCGUUAAACAAAAAGAUUAGUGGAAGAGCCAUCAGAGUAGAGUUCAGCCAGAAGAGGCCAGAAGGUGACAAAGGGAACACUGUUCCUUCGAAGACAUUGAUGGUCAGGAAUCUUGCCAAAGAGACGAGUGAGGAGACUUUGAAAAGUGUCUUUGAAGGUGCCAUUGAAGCUCGAGUCACUAAGGACAAGGAGACUGGCAUAUCUAGAGGGUUUGGCUUUGUGGACUUUGAGAGCCCAGAGGUCUGUAAGGCUGUCAAGGAUGCCAUGGCAGACCUACAGAUUGAUGGGAGCAAGGUGACCCUGGUCUAUGCCAAACCCCAGGGUGAAAGAGGAUCUCGUGGAGAAGGAGCGGGCUCGAACAUGCGCUACGGAGAGAAACCCGGGGCUAGAGGUGGCUCUGGAGGCAGGGGCAGAGGUAGCGGCUCCAGAGGUGGACGAGGAGGCAGAGGUAGUGGCGGUGCAAAGAGGACUUAAAAAAGAAAAGAAGUAAAGGAAGGCGCUUUUUAUUUUUUGCAGUGGACUGCUGCAACAGCUCUAUUUCAACGUCUACAUUUCCUGACAAGUUUGUGAUGGGCACCUAACGAUAAUCAGAAACAAACCAAUUUGUUUAGCGAUAUAUGUGAAAAGUUUCUACCUUGUUGUUCAUACAUAAUGGUGAAAUGUCUGACACAUUGUACUGUACAUGUAACGUUUUUGUCUGUUUUACUUUAGUUUACCUUUUUAAUUGUUCAUUUCAUGUAAAGACUUUAUUGAAGGUUGGGCAAUUAAAAGGUCCCCAAAUUUCA